GAGAGAGAGAAUUUUGUAUUCCGAUUUUGCCCAUGGGAACGGGGGAAAGAACGGCGAGGUACAAGAGGGCGACGGCGCCUCUGGACGGGACGGAGAGGGCGAGGCUAUGGGAGGGGAGGCUGGGCGAGUCGGGGUCGCCGGAGAACUCGGCCGAGUUGGCGGACCUGGUGGACUCGUUCUACGACGAGGAGGUGAAUGAUGAUGAUGGAGGGAGAGGGGACGAGUCGGACACGGGAUCAGAAGAGAAGGAGGUGGGAAAUAGGGACCGGAGAGCGAUGUUGGAGGCCGCUCUGGCCAAGUCGGAGGCGGACUCGGUGGCGAAUCGGAUCCGGGUCGAAGCGGAAGGGGCCGUCCGGGCGGUCGGGUCCGACACGGCCGGGCCCAAGAGGCGCGUGAUGAGCUGGCUACGUGAGAGGGGUUUUGAUGCGGGGCUCUGCAAAUCCUCCUGGGAAAGAGCUAAGAGAGUCCCCGCCGGCCACCACGAUUUCAUCGACGUGAUCGCCGGAGGUGGGACCCGUUACAUCCUGGAGAUCGAUCUACCGGCCGAGUUCGAGAUUGCACGGCCGACGAGCGACUAUUUGACUCUCCUCGGUCCCCUGCCGGCGGUGUACGUCGGGAGGCCGGAGGUGCUGAAGGGGAUCGUAAAGCUGAUGUGUGCUGCGGCCAAGGAGUCCAUGAGGAGUGCGGGCAUGCACGUCCCGCCAUGGAGGAGGGGGGGUUACGUCCAGAUGAAGUGGUUUGGUUCGUACACGAGGACGACGAGCAGGAUUCCAGUGGGGAGGGAGGAAGUAGGUGACGGAGGGGCGAUGGCAGCCGGCGUGACCCGGCCCGGGAUUGCCAUGGGGCAGAGGUUUUGUAGGAUGCGGUUUAGGUGCAGGGAAUUGCAGGUGAAUGAGAGAAACUGGCCAAUGGCAUUUAGAGGCACGUGAUUUUCUUUUUUCCUUUCCUUUUUUUUUGUUUGAUGUUAUAAUAGGUAAGUGCGUCCAAAUUUUGGGGAAUGAAACCCCAAACCGUGAUUCACCGCUUCAGUACCGAACCUCGUAUCGGUGCCAUGCAAGUACAGUAUCAAUACGAAAUUUUUUUAGCUUACUAAUAAGUAUUGGAUACCAGUCCUGAACUGGUACGGUAUAAUAUACUCUAUACCAUCUGGCCAUACCUGAAACUUUUGAGGCCACGAUGGUUCUGAAACUACCUGCAUAUACAAAAUUCUUUUUCUUGAAAUAAAGAAAAACUUUGGAAGAAAGAUAUAAUAUCAUUUGUUGCGGAAGGGGCUUCUCCUUUAUAAUGUGUUUGUUGUUUUUUAUUUUUUUUUAU